AUGCGCCGCAGGAGUCGCGAGAGGGAGCGGAGAAGGAGGAGGAGCACGUCGGGCGAUUCCCCGCGGGGGGCGACCCGCGCAGGGAUGAGCGCCGGCUGGCGGGAGCCACCGGCGGAGGAGGCGAGUCUGACGGCUACGCGCGGGCGCCUGCAGCGGAAGGCGGAGGCGAUGCGGAUCGCGGCAGAGGACAUGCUGCGGGCCGGCCUUCUGGAGCUGCGGAAGCAGGAGCUGGAGGCAGAGCUGGUCCGCCUGGCCGCCGCGGCGGCUGCGGGCAUGCCGCGGCCUCUGGGGCGUCCAAGCGCAAAGUCGGCGCCCCCGUCGGCAAACCGACGUGUCUGGGCCAGCGCCAGCGCUGCUUCUGCCAGGGCGCGGCCAGUCGCGGCCCCGCCCGCGAGCUCACCAGCGGAGAGCGGGACGUCAGGUGAAGCUCGGCGCGCCUUCCAUGCCUGGAGCCGGGUGGCCGCGCGGGCGGCCGCGAGCCACGCAGCGGAGGUGGCCAGGGAGCAGCUCGAGCAGGAGCUCCGGCACUGUUGCGCAGUGCGGCUUGUGCAGGGGAAGCGCUUGGCCGAGUGCCAGUCGAUGGUGUGCGCGCUGCUGGGGCAGUGGCGUCUCUUGGCGGCCAGGGCUCGGCACGACCGCCCGCGGCUGCUGCUGCGCGAUGCCGCAGGGGCACGAGCCGUGUCGCGAGGGCAUGUCCAGGCACGCCGGCCAGAGUUUCACGCGGGGGAGCCGCCUCUUCGUGCCAAAGACCCUGUGGAGGGCAGGAGGUGGAGCAGGAUGCAGUUGGUGUAG